AAGAGAAUCUCCCAACGAUGGUGCUGUAAUCUGUAUACCAAGCCAGAGAAGCGAAUCCGGACACUUGGAGCUGUCGUGAUCGUCAUUAGUCUUGUUGGCAUCUAUCACAUCCUUCGCAUCAACUACUACUCCGUCCAACUGCCCAUCAUCCUCUCAGAGAGGCCGAACGACGGGCAAUGUUCAAAAGCACGUGAAUCAUCAAAGAUUUCGACUUGGUCACAGCCCUCCAGUAUUCAGUGUCUCCGUGAGAAUAAAAGCCUUCCCAAGCCAGUGAUGCCAGGAGACUCUACCCUACCCUACCCAAGCUGCAUCUCGGAGAAAGCGUCACCAUCCUUUCCUGAAAUGUUCCCAGAGCCUAAAUUAGGCACAGUCAAUGACACCUGUCUCAAAAAAAUACUCUUUUGGAAUGAUGACCAUUCCCAUAAGCACUUUGGGUUCGGAUUUGGGCACGAGCCUUUCCUCGUAGCCGGUUGUCGCGUUAACAUGUGCACCACCACAGGCGACAGGACUCGCUACCCCAUUGAGAAGGUAGAUGCGCUAGUGUGGCACUACAGGUCCAUAGACAGGUCCCUGCCGGAAUACAGGUCGCCUCACACCCGCUAUAUAUUCUGGAUGAUGGAAUCACCCUCCUAUCUAUACGGUGACCUACGAGACUACCACAACGUCUUCAAUUGGACAUUCACUUACAGACUGGACUCUGACAUCCCUCAACCAUAUGACAGAGUGUUCCGUCGCCAUAAGCCACUACCAACAACGAAGAGGAACUAUGCAGAAGGGAAGACCAAGCUGGCGGCAUGGUUCGUAUCCCACUGCGACACUGAGUCUGGCAGAAACAGGCUGGUAAAGACUUUGCAGCGGAGGGUUACAGUGGACAUCUAUGGAAAUUGUGGAUCUCUCAAGUGCACGAAAACGACAGAGAGGAGUUGCUAUGAAAUGCUCAACAUGACCUAUAAAUUCUACCUCUCUUUUGAGAAUUCUCUGUGUCGAGAUUACAUAACUGAAAAGUUAUUCAACAUUUUGAGGUAA